UGCUCUCCAGCUGUAACACACCACAAUCACCUGUGAAGAGGGACGUGUCUGCUGCUGUUUCAACAUCUGACAGCGAGGAUGAUGAUGACGAUGAUGGUGGAUUCCUUCAUGUGCAAGAUUCUGACUUUAAUCCUCGUCUGCACGACUCUGCAACAUGCUUGUGGACUCCCGUUAUCAGAGCCAGCGGAACCACCAGCUCAUACUCCUGCACAUUCACAACAUGUCAGGACCAAACGCUGCUCCUGUAACAGCUGGGAUGAUAAAGAAUGCAUCUACUUCUGCCACCUGGAUAUUAUCUGGGUCAACACGCCAAGUAAGCUCCUUCCAUAUGGUCUUGGGAGCCCCUCAUCUCGUCGCCACCGCUCCGCCGGCCGAUGCAAAUGCCUGACACCAGCUGAUAAAACCUGCUCUAGCUUCUGUCAAAACAGUGCUCACAACCCAAGGACUGAUGUCGUGGGCUCAUCGGGAAAAACUGAAAACAUAGAUGGCAACAAAUUACUUGCAUAUUUCAGAUCUGUGGUUAAGUCCAACAUUGGCAUUCUGUCAUCAAAGAAGAACAAGGCUUCAGUCAAAAGGCUCAAGAGCAGAACAAGGAGAUAGAAGAGUGAAAGAAAAACCAGCGGAGAUUAAAAGUCAUGGAGAGGAGACGGCUUCAGUGUCAGCUCCAGGUGUUUGAAACAGGUCAAAGAAUUGUACCAACUCUGGAGAUGCAGAGAUAGAAGGGUGGAGAAGACUCAACCAGAGAAAUGCUCCAGGACAGGAGGCGUGAACCUGGACUUAAUGUCUGUCUAACGUGAUGAGGAAGGAUCUUCUAAAGCCAAAUAUAAAGGGACUGACUUUGAGAUUAGUGGGCCACCACAUCACAGAAAUAUCACACUGACCAAUUAUUGAGCAAACCAUUGCUUUGACUCAUCUUUAAGGAUUUCCAUAACUAUGAAGACUCUAUGAUCUCUAUAAUUCCAGAGCCAUAUAGACUCUAUAUUUUCUUUUUUGAAAUAUGUGGGGAUGUAACGGCUGAUUUUCAGUUUGGGUUCCAUUUGUAGUCAGAACUUGGAUUUCCAACCUCACCAACCCCGACAAGGGAUUACUGUUAAUAACACUUCAGUCGUACACAUAGUACUGGUUCAUUUUUAUUAAUAUACAGUACAUGUUGUUGUUGAACUCCCAGUUCUGACUUCUAAAUUCUGAUGUAAAUGGAACGUAGCAUAAUAUCCUCUGUAUCAGAGCUGAGAUCUGUUCUGCCUAAUGUUUAUGGCAAAUCAGCAAAGUAGUUUUUUUUAAUGAUGUUGCUUACUUGAAAACACCAUCUUGACACACUGCAACACUUAAAUGAAGACCAACCCUCUGUAUUGACGAAUCCGGAGAGCCGUUUGUGUGUUUCACCAUCUAGCGUCGCCGCCAUUACUGCGGUUGCACGUCGUCUGUCACUCUCUGCUGUCCUGCUCUGUUCUGCACAGUGGUCACAGUCACUUCUCCAAACCUGUGCCUGCUGCAGCGUUUUGCAGCUCAGAGUCUGGAUAUUCAUUUAAAUUGUCGCCUACUCAGUAGCACAUUAUGAUUUUAAAAGUACCUAAGCAGAUGACAAUGUGAUGUAAAAUUACAGACUUAAGAAAAACGUAUUUCACAAUAACACCACAUUGAGUUCAUUUACUCUUGAACUCUCUUGUACUCUUGUUCAUUGUGAGAUUGACGAGUGUUGAUCAAAAGUUAUCGUGCUGUUGGGAACAAAGUCUGGUGAACAUCGUGGUCCUCUGCACGCGCAGGGAAUCAAUGUAGCUCGUACGGCCACAGACAGGAACUCUUCAUGAGGUAAGGCUUUGUGUAGUUUGUUUAAUUUGAAGUUUCCCACGGCUGUUGGAGCAGCCGAGAAUUGCGCAAGUUCUUCCCGACUUCCUAGACAUUGUUGUCAAAAUUAAUGCUGCAUAAAAAGUACAGGUAAAAGUAGAAAUGUACACUUCUUAUGACAGCUCCCAUUCAAUCACGCAAAUACUGGAGGAAGAUGCGCCGCAACAAUGCCGGCUUGUUUACUACCGGUACUUUGCCGGAUUCGUUUAUAGAGGCCAAACACACACACACACACACACACACACCCUGACAACGAACAUGGUGUAUACAAGCAUGGAAGCCACAGUGGGUCCAGUGUGUUGGCUCAGGUUACAUAGCUCCUCUUUAAUGUUUUGACUGAAGAAAGGCUGGAGGUGUUCAGUAAUGUGGGUCUUGCCAAAAAAGUAGCAACUGUUUUUCUUCUUCACUUAACUUAUGUCUAUUAGCUCUGUAUCAAGAGCGAGAGAACAUUCCUCCUAAGUGCUAAUUGUUUACUAGCAUUGGAUGUUUGCUGUUAAAUGCUAAAUAGCUUAUUUAUACCCUAACUUAUUGACAGAUGUAUUUAUAUUUGUAUUUGUCACAAUGUUUUUCAGGAAUGUGGAAAAUAAAC